CGCAGUACUUGACAAUAUACAUCAUGUACUACAACGCAUAAUUUUUAAUUGCAAACUUGUAACGUACUCUCGGCAAACACAGCGCUGUUUAACCAAGCCACAUUGGUUGCGAAUUGUACUACUCUAAUGGUAUGUUGGUGCACCUGCUCAGAUGUAAAUGGAAGCUGCAAAUGAACUGUUGUGGUACUGGUGGCUGUAUGUUUGAUGUGUAAUUAAAUACAUUGUUAUUAUGUUUUCAGGUACCCAUUAAGAAAAUAAACCAUAAGAGAUACAAGCUGCAUAGUUAAAUAAAUAUAUGUAAUACUGACGAAAAAUAAAUCCAUCGAAGCAAGUGCCGACUUUACACCUAAAAUACUUCUUUCCGCAUCAAUACAAGAAUGGUUAUUUUCUAUGCCAUAUUGGCAUAGCAUUAAAUGGAAAAGAUAUCAAUGCACCAAGAGCAACAUAGCUGAAUAGAAUGCUUCAAAUGUCAAACACCAUGAGGCUGUUGCUGCAACACUUCUCAGAUUACAGUUUACGUUUCAGAUCAUGUAUGUCAAAAAAUAUAUCAGUUACAACUAAACAAAAAUCUGAAGUUGUAGAGUGUCUUAACAGCCGAGGCAUUCUGAGAGUGUCUGGUAAAGAAGCAUCACUUUUUUUGCAAGGCCUUAUUACAAAUGACAUGAGGCACUUAGAAGAAGGAGCACAGAGCAUGUACACCAUGUUUUUAAAUAGUAAGGGGCGUGUCAUGUAUGAUGCCAUCAUUUAUCAAUUGAAAGAAGAGGAUGUUUUCUUGAUAGACUGUGAUAAGUCAGCAGUAUCACACCUGCAGAGACAUUUAAAAGUGUAUCGUGUUAGAAGAAAGAUUGAUAUAGAAAAUAUGGAAGAUAAAUUGAAAGUGUGGGUUGUAUUUGACCCUAAACUAGCAGAAAGUGACGAGAGUGACACAGAUGUUAAUAAAAUUAAAACUGUACAUAAGGGUCAGAUAAUCUCACCUACAAUAGAAUCUGCUAUUAAUGAAUCUGUCAUAAAUGAUCUCACAAAGAAGAGGGAUGAUAUACUAAUAUGCCGUGACCCAAGACUCUCUACCUUAGGGGUUCGAAUUGUUGCACCAGCUGGUGAAGAUAUUUCACUACAAAGGGGCAAAGGUGAAUCUGUAUAUCAAGGAAUGAAGCUGUGUUACCGUGCAUUUAGGUAUAAACUUGGGAUCGGUGAGGGAGUCAAUGAUUUACCACCGGAAAACUGCUUCCCUUUAGAAGCGAAUGGAGAUUACUUACAUGGGGUAAGCUUUCAUAAGGGCUGCUAUAUAGGCCAAGAACUCACUGCCAGAACACAUCACACAGGUGUAGUUCGUAAACGUCUUAUGCCAAUCAUUUUUGAAACAGUACCACAAACUGAAUUUGAUGUAAACACUCCAAUACAGGUACCAAGUGGAUCCAGUAAAGUUUCACUUGGAAAGUUACGAGGAAUUGAAGGCAGUGUAGGUUUAGCACUUCUAAGGAUUGCAGAGUCUCUUGAUGUUCCAAGGCUGAAAAUCCUGGAUGUGACAGCUAAAACUAUGAAACCACGCUGGUGGCCACAUGAAGCACCAAAGGAACGCAUUUUUUCAGGAAAGGGCUAGCUCACAAGUAUAAUUUCAUGAAAAGUCAUAUUUUACUGUGAUAAAUAUACCAGAAGAUAUUAUGUACAACAGGGUGUUCAAUUUUAAUUUGUUUGCUGUGUUUAAUAAAUCAUUUAUGUUGAUGUUAGUACUAAAAAUUGAUCUAUGUUUUGUCAUUGCACCCUGCCUUAUACAAUAAUGAUACUUUCCUCUACAAGAAACUGAAACAUUAAGCAUUAUAUACAUCAUAGUUUAUGCAAAAUUUAGCUUCUAAUAAACUAUGGUGUGUGUGUGUGUGUGUGUGUGAUAGCAGUGAAGCAUAUAUUAUGUCUGAGGUAGCAGACUUCCAUAACAUCACUAUGAGCAAGAAUAUGGUCCACAGAUAUUUUAUGCAACUUUGCCUCUUACAUGUACAAUUAAACUUUUGGUCUUGUGAUGGGCAUGUUGUAUAG